AUGCAGGUCGUUGCGCCGCCAGGUAUGGGAACCUGUGCCACCAGCUCCCGCUGCCACGUUAAGCCGCUCGCCCACUUCCCCCGCGGCGGCCCUUAUCGCACCUCCGCCGCCGCCCGUCGCCGCUGGCCGGGCUGGGGGGAGGGCCAGGGUGGCUAUGGUAGUCAUGGUGGUUAUGGUAGUGAUGGUGGCUAUGGUAGUCAUGGUGGGUAUGGUAGUGAUGGUGGCUGUGGCUAUGGUAGUGAUGGUGGCUGUGGCUAUGGUAAUCAUGGUGGGUAUGGUAGUGAUGAUGGCUGUGGUAGUCAUGGUGGCUAUGGUAGUCAUGGUGGCUAUGGUAGUCAUGGUGGCUAUGGUAGUCAUGGUGGUUAUGGUAGUGGUGGUGGCUGUGGUAGUCAUGGUGGCUAUGGUAGUCAUGGUGGUUAUGGUACUCAUCGUGGUUAUGGUAGUCAUGUGGCUAUGGUAGGCUAUGGUAGUCAUGGUGGCUAUGGUAGUCAUGGUGGCUGUGGUAGUGAUGAUGGUUAG